GGCAACUCUGUGGCUCAGUUGAUUUCGGAAUCUCGGCAGGUACGGAAGAGAAAAAAAGCGUGCGAAGUGUGUGAAUUAUACGUUGCCUCGUUUACGAAUAUAAUUUCCGGAUCGUGUUGUGUGAAAGAAAAUUGUAUUAUAAAAGUUUUUGUGCAUUUUAACGUGUCCGUCGAAAUCGCAUAUUAACAAAAAUGGCUUCUUUGAAAAAGUCCAUUGAUUUUAACGACGAUGUCGAUUUAGACGAUGACGAUGAUUCAUGUUCCGACUUUGAUGAUGAUGAAGAUCCAGAUAAAAUAGAAGUACCAGGCGGUGGUCGUGAUCUACAAACCGCGGUUACAUAUGCGAAAAACAGCGGACACAAAGCAAAUAGCGCCAAUAGCAAUAACAACAAAAACAUUAGCAAUAAUAAUAAUUCACUAUUAACAUCUAAUCAACCGCGUAUAAAUAAUUCGCUAAUUGCAACAAAACCAACAACAGGCGGUAUUUCAUUGCUGAACAACAACAAUAUGCCGAAGAAAAGCGCAGCAGCACCGGCAGCCAUCGGAAUGUCCAACUAUCCGAGCAGUUCGGGUUCCGCUGCAGCUGCAGCAGCCGUCGCCGCCGCUGCGUCCGCCGGUUACAACGGCCUACCGUCGCCACUGCCAUUUAGCGCCAAUCAGCUGAUGAAUAUGGCCGCGUAUGCGAUGGCCAGCGGUGCUGGAGCUGGUGGCAAUAGUGGUGGUGGUGGUGGCAUUGGCGGUGCCGUUGCUGGCAACGUAUCCGGCGGUGCGGCCGGCUUGAGCGCGCUGCUUGCCGCGGGACUCGGCGCGGCCGCCGGCCUCAACGCACUGCCCAACAUCAAUGCGCUCAACACUAAUGCGGCUGCUUUGGCAGCGGUCACUGGUGCUGGCGCUGGUGUGCUGGGCAGCCCAGGCAAUUACUAUCAAACGAAUUCGAAUCUGAAUAUGGCAGCGUCUUUAUUGGCGCAGAUGAGUAUGGGUCUCGGCUAUAAUUCGGCGCCCACCACAGCGGCCAGUAUGCCCGCUAAUGCCAAUCCACCCGCUAGCGCCGCGUCAUCACAAGCUAAAACCAAUGCUUUGAUAAUGCAGAAGAUACAGGCACUUGUCGCGGCCAAUCCAUCCUUUCUUACCAGCGGCAUACCGAAUCACGUGUUGGCACAGCUCUUCAUGCAGCCGAUGAAGACGGCGCCCGCCACUGUUACCGCCGCGCCACCUGAGGAGGAGGAGGUGGACUAUGAAGAGAUGGGCGUUGCCGAGACUUAUGCCGAGUAUUGGCCUGCCAAAUUGAAACUGGGAAAAAAGCAUCCCGAUCCAGUGGUGGAGACCGCCUCACUCUCCUCCGUCGAACCCUGUGAUGUUUACUACAAACUCUCCAUUCCAACAGACACCAUCAAUAGCGGUUAUUUGAGCGCGUUGCAGUUGGAGUCCAUUACAUAUGCCUCGCAGGCGCACGAUCACAUGCUGCCUGAUGGCACACGCGCGGGCUUCUUAAUUGGUGAUGGCGCUGGUGUGGGCAAAGGUCGCACAAUCGCCGGCAUAAUCUAUGAGAAUUAUUUGAAGGGACGCAAAAAGGCGCUCUGGAUAUCCGUAUCCAAUGAUUUGAAGUAUGAUGCCGAGCGCGAUUUGUUGGAUAUUGGCGCGAGCAAAAUUGAGGUGCACGCGCUGAAUAAGUUCAAAUAUGCUAAAAUCUCCUCAGAUGUGAAUAACAAUUGCAAGCGCGGCGUUAUAUUCAGCACAUAUUCAGCGCUCAUCGGUGAAUCCAAUAACAAGACUGGCAAAUACAAAUCACGCUUAAAGCAGCUCUUACAGUGGUGCGGCGAAGACUUCGAUGGUCUCAUCAUAUUUGACGAGUGUCACAAAGCCAAAAAUUUGUGUCCUGUCGGUUCGGGUAAGCCCACGAAGACCGGUCAAACCGUAUUGGAGCUGCAAAAUAAAUUGCCAAAAGCGCGUGUCGUCUAUGCGUCAGCCACCGGUGCUUCGGAGCCCAAGAACAUGGCGUAUAUGGUGCGUCUGGGUCUGUGGGGUCAGGGUACAGCAUUUCCGUCAUUCAAUGACUUCAUCAUGGCGGUAGAGAAACGCGGUGUUGGCGCUAUGGAAAUCGUCGCUAUGGACAUGAAAUUGCGUGGCAUGUAUAUAGCGCGUCAGCUAAGCUUCCACGGUGUCACAUUCAAAAUUGAGGAGGUGGCGCUGUCCAAAGAUUUUCGAAAAGUCUACGAUCAGUCCGUGGAGCUGUGGGUCGAAGCUAUGCAGAAGUUCACCGAAGCCGCCGAACUCAUAGACGCCGAGAGUCGCAUGAAGAAAACGAUGUGGGGUCAAUUCUGGUCAUCGCAUCAGCGUUUCUUCAAAUACCUCUGCAUUGCGGCGAAGGUGAAUCACGCAGUGCAGGUGGCGCGCGAAGCGAUCAAAUACGGCAAAUGCGUCGUCAUUGGUCUGCAAUCGACGGGCGAGGCGCGCACGCUCGAACAACUGGAGAGAGAUGAUGGAGAACUGACUGAUUUCGUGUCCACCGCAAAGGGCGUCUUUCAAUCACUUGUGGAGAAGCAUUUCCCCGCACCCGAUCGCAACCGCAUCAAUCGCAUACUCGGCUUGGGCGGUUACGGCGAUGCGAAGAAAAACUCCAUACAAAGCAUAAUCGAAGAGGUGACGAGCAAACGUGAGACGGCGAGUAUUAAAGAAGAACCCUGUUCCUCAUCAUCCAGCAACGCGGGCAGCAAGCGCAAAAUGGCGCGAGAUGAUGCACGCACGAAGAAAACGCGCAAAAACUCCUGGAAUGAUUCCGAUGAUGAUUCACAAAAUGAAUCAGAAGAUAGUGAUUACAAAAUGUCCAACUCAGAGUCUGAAGAAUCAGAUGUGGGCGCACACUCGGACAGCUGUGAGUCGUCCGACUUCAAUCCCUUCUUUAGCGGUUCGGACAGUGAUAAUGAUCCCUGGGUGGCGCGUUCAAAGAAGAAGGCCAAGAAGAAGGCAAAACAAAAGGAGUCUACUGCCAGCAGCAAUAACAACAACAGCACAAACACAACUGUGACCACAACUGCUACAACUGCGAGCGCCACAAACACUAACGGUCUAGCAGCCGCUGCCAAUGCGGUGGCGCCUAAACGCAAAGGUCCAGUCUCCACACAAGAUCGCAUACAAGACCUACUGCAGAAGAAGCAAGAACUGAAGGGUACCGUUACGCAAGUAGGUGUUAACGGCAUCAAACUAAACUAUGGCCCACCACCGAAGGACGCCAUUGAGCGUGCCUGCAGCAUGAAGGAAGAGCUGUUGCGUAAAAUCGAAAGACUCGGCGAUCGCCUACCACCGAACACGCUCGAUCAGCUGAUUGAUGAGCUCGGCGGUCCGGACAAUGUCGCUGAAAUGACCGGUCGCAAGGGACGCGUCGUGCAGUCGGAGGACGGUUCCAUACAGUAUGAGUCACGUUCGGAGCAGGAUGUGCCAUUAGAGACGCUCAACAUUACCGAGAAGCAACGUUUUAUGGACGGUGAAAAAGAUGUGGCCAUCAUUUCCGAAGCGGCAUCUAGCGGUAUUUCACUACAGAGCGAUCGGCGCGUGCGCAAUCAACGCCGACGUGUGCAUAUCACGCUGGAGCUGCCAUGGUCUGCUGAUCGCGCCAUACAACAGUUCGGUCGCACACAUCGUUCCAAUCAAGUGAAUGCGCCCGAGUACAUAUUCCUCAUAUCCGAUUUGGCGGGAGAACGGCGUUUCGCGUCGACGGUAGCGAAGCGUUUGGAGUCGCUCGGUGCGCUAACACAUGGCGAUCGACGUGCCACCGAGACGCGCGACUUGUCGCAAUUCAAUAUAGACAACAAGUAUGGACGCACCGCAUUGGAGACAGUGAUGAAGACGAUCAUGGGCUAUGAGUCGCCGCUGGUGCCGCCACCCACCGACUACAAGGGUGACUUCUUCAAAGACAUUGCCGGCGCGCUGGUCGGUGUAGGUAUUAUAGUGAAUAGUGAAUCCAAUCCGGGUGUCUUGAGCUUGGACAAGGAGUACAACAAUAUAUCGAAGUUCUUGAAUCGCAUACUCGGCAUGCCGGUAGAGCUCCAAAAUAGACUCUUUAAAUACUUCACCGACACGCUGACCGCCAUCAUACAUCAGGCGAAACGCGGUGGGCGCUUCGAUUUGGGUAUUUUGGAUCUGGGUGCCGCUGGCGAAAAUGUGACACGCGUCAAGCUCGUCCGUUUCAUACGCAAACACGCCACCGGCAAAGCGCCCGCCGAACUGCAUACGGUACGUGUUGAACGUGGCAUGAUCUGGCAGGAAGCAAUUGACAAAUACGCCGAUUUAAUAAGCGAAUUUGAGGGUUUCUAUGUCUCGCAUCAAGUGCGCAAUGGCAAACGUACCGCUAUUCUAGCUGUCGAAAUCGAAACGCCACAGACACAACAACAAUCGCAGAACAAGAAAAAGGAGAAGGGUGUCAGCAAGAAAGACAUCAUGUAUCAAGUAUAUCGCCCCAACACAGGGCUGCAAAUACGUCACGAAUCGUUGGCGGAGUUGGAGAAGAAGUAUAAGAAGGUGCCCAGCGAGGAGGCGGAACCACAUUGGAUCCAACAGUAUGACGCGUCGGUGAACACCUGUUCGCACGCCUACUGGAACGGCAACUGUCGCAAUGUCAAUUUGGGCAAUGAAUGUGAGGUCGGCUUACGCCAGCGUUUGUACUACGUGCUGGCCGGUUCGGUGCUCUCCGUUUGGACGCGCGUCGAGCAAGUGUUGGCCACGCGCAAUGCCAACAACAAAAUGCAAGUGAUACGUAUGAAGACCACCGAGGGUGAAAAAAUUGUCGGUACGCUCAUACCGAAAUCGUGCCACGAACUGCUGCUGCAAGAUCUCAAAUCCGAUGCAGAGCGUAUUGAGGAGGUGAAAUUUUAAGUUUUGAACAAAACAAAAAAAUGAAA